ACUGCCAAGUCCUCCCCCGCAGCCUGCCCUUGCGGCUCUCAUGCUUGACUUUCUCUUCGUCGAGCGCGUCGAGUUUCGGACCCAGACCAGCUCAGACAGACUCGGUAGCCCACCAUGGCCGCCUUCUUUAGCAAGUGGCGCAGCGAUGAGAAAGGCGGCGCUGUGGAAGCAACGCCCGGCCAGCCGGAGUUAAGCAACGAGGAGGCGGUCGUCGACGAGGCCCAGAAUGAUCUGCACCGGGAGAUGAAGCCUCGGCAGCUGAAUAUGAUGGCCAUUGCCGGCGCAAUAGGAACCGGACUCAUCAUCGGCACCGGCACGUCGCUCAAGUUCGGGCCGGGGUCCCUGCUGAUCGGGUACGCCGUCAUGGGCUUUGUCGUCUACGUGGUCAUGGUCGCGCUCGGCGAGAUGGGCGCCUUCCUGCCCAUCAAGAAGAGCUUCUCGGGCUACGCGACGCGCUUCGUCGACCCGGCCAUGGGGUUCUCCACCGGAUGGAACUACUUCUUCAAAUACGUGAUCGUGCUGCCGAACAACCUGACCGCGACCGGCAUUCUGCUGCAGUAUUGGCUGCCCAACAUCAACGUGUCGGUUUGGAUUGUGGUCUUCGGCGUGGUUAUCAUCGCCCUCAAUCUCAUCCACGUCUCCUUCUUCGGAGAAGCCGAGUUCUGGAUGUCCCUGGUCAAGGCGCUCGUCAUCAUCAUGCUGGUCCUGCUCUGCUUCAUCAUUGCCCUUGGCGGCGGGCCCAACGGCGUGCGCACCGGGUUCUGGUUCUGGCACGAUCCGGGCGCCUUUGCCGAGUACUCGGUCAUCCUCAACAAGCAGACGCAUGUGAUCCCCGGCGACACCGGCCGCUUCCUGGGCGUCUGGGCCUGCAUCGUCCAGGCGACGUUUGCCUACCUCGGCACCGAGCUCGUCGGUGUGGCCUUCGGCGAGACGCCGAACCCGCGCAAGAACGUGCCCCGCGCCGUCAACCAGACCCUUCUCCGGAUCGUCUUCUUCUACAUCACCGGCGUGCUGGUCCUGGGCAUGGCCGUCCCCUACAACAGCCCCAAGCUCCUGGCGGCGACGCAGGCGGGGACAAGCGGCUUGGCCUCCCCCUUCGUCGUGGCCGCCAACGUGGCGGGCGUCUCCAAGCUGGGCGACGCCGUCAACGGGCUCCUGCUGAUCUUCACCGUCUCGGCCGCCAACUCGGACGUCUACCUCGCCUCGCGCACCGCCUGGGCCCUCGGCAAGGACGGCCAGGCGCCGCGCCUGCUGGGGCGCACCAACAGCCUGGGCGUGCCGGUGCCCGCCGUCGCGCUGGCCUCGCUGUUCAUCGCGCUCGGCUUCAUGAACGCGACCAAGUCGUCCGCGACCGUGUUCGGGUACUUCGUCUCGCUGGUCACCGUCUUCGGCGCGCUCAACUGGGUCGCCGUGCUGGUCAGCUACCUGGCCAUGGUCAACGCGAUGCGCGUGCAGGGCGUCCCCCGCGAGAUCAUGCCGUACCGCAACCCGCUGCUGCCCUGGGGCGCCUACUUCGCGCUGUUCGUGACGGUGCUGGUCAUCGUGUUCAACGGCUACGCCGCGUUCGUGCCCCACUUCCAGGUCGAUAAGUUCCUGACCAGCUACAUUGGCAUCCCGGUGUACGUGAUCAACGUGCUGUGGUGGAAGGCGGUCAAGAGGACGAAGAGGGUCCGGCCCGAGGACGUCGACUUGGUUACGGGGCGGCGGACAUGACGGGUGCGCUGGGUCAGUGCCUUCAUGGAUCCGGUAAAAUAUACGAAGUAAAUGUGAUGACAUGAAGCCACCCAUGCCUAUCUGUUUGGUUGUGCGAAACCAUUGAAGCAAUCUGACUACCUUCGCGUCUUUACCGAUCAAGACAGUCGCACCGGCCAUCACUUUCUUUGCUCUGUUUACUUGGCCAGCGUGGUAACAUCAGGUCGCCUGCGUACUAUAGGUAAGCCGCGCUGUGGGACCGAAGCUCGGCGUGGAGCGUGCCUCCUCUCCAUCUCCCAUGUUUUCAUGGCCUGCCCCUGAGCUCCCGCAGAACCCCAACCCUGAACCAUCCAGGGCAAUGACGUAGCC